UUGUUCCUACAUAUGGAAACGCCCCCACACAUUACAAUCUACAUCAAAUUUCAGACGGACAAAUCAAAGCAUUUUCAGAGCCAGAGUGAAGAAUGGGGAGUUUGCGUGCGAUUUUGAGGAAUCCAGAGGAUUUGUACCCGCUGUUAAAACUGAAAUUGGCAUCGAGAAACGCGGAGAAACAGAUCCCGUCGGAGCCACACUGGGGAUUUUGUUACUCUAUGCUUCAGAAAGUUUCUAGAAGUUUUGCUUUCGUUAUUCAGCAGCUCGAUACGGAUCUACGUGAUGCUGUAUGCAUUUUCUAUUUGGUUCUUCGAGCUCUUGACACUGUUGAGGAUGAUACAAGCAUAAAAACAGAAAUCAAAGUACCUAUUCUGAUGGCUUUCCAUCAACACAUAUAUGAUCGUGAAUGGCAUUUUGCCUGUGGUACAAAGGAAUACAAAGUUCUAAUGGACGAGUUCCAUCAUGUUUCCACUGCUUUUCUGGAGCUCGGACGCGGUUAUCAGGAGGCCAUUGAGGAUAUUACCAUGAGGAUGGGUGCAGGAAUGGCAAAAUUUAUUUGCAAAGAGGUUGAAACAGUUGAUGAUUAUGAUGAAUAUUGCCACUAUGUGGCUGGACUUGUUGGAUUAGGGUUGUCGAAGCUAUUUCAUGCUUCUGGAAAAGAACAUCUGGCUUCAGAUGCUAUCUCCAACUCCAUGGGUUUGUUUCUUCAGAAAACAAAUAUUAUCAGAGAUUAUCUGGAGGACAUCAAUGAGAUACCAAAGUCGCGCAUGUUCUGGCCUCGUCAAAUCUGGAGUAAAUAUGUUAACAAACUUGAGGACUUGAAGCAUGAGGAAAACUCAGUUAAAGCAGUGCAGUGCUUGAAUGACAUGGUUACAAAUGCUUUAAUCCACAUAGAAGACUGCCUGAAAUACAUGUCAGAUUUGCGAGAUCCAGCUAUCUUUCGCUUUUGUGCCAUUCCUCAGAUAAUGGCAAUUGGGACGUUAGCUUUGUGCUACAACAACAUUGAAGUCUUCAGAGGUGUUGUGAAAAUGAGACGAGGUCUUACUGCCAAAAUUAUCGACAGAACUAAAACAAUGUCUGAUGUAUAUGGAGCUUUCUACGACUUUUCUCGUAUGCUAAAAUAUAAGAUUGACGACAGUGACCCUAAUGCUAGAAAGACGAAGGACAGCUUAGAAGCAGUCCUGAAAAUCUGCAGGGACUCUGGAACCUUAAACCAAAGGAAAUCUUAUAUCAUUCAGAGCAAGCCACAAAUAAAUGCAACUGUGAUUGUUAUCUUCUUCAUCAUACUAGCCAUUCUUCUAGCAUACUUGUCGGCAAGCCGGCCAUCUAAUAUCUGAGUGGUCUUUGGAUGAGAUACUGUCGUGCCGGUAAUCGAAAAGCAAUAUUCUGUUGUUUGUUUAUUUGUAUCCAUCCAGCAUUGUAUGCCAGAUAAGCCACGCAGCAUAUUCUGUUGUUUAUUGGUAUCCAUCCAGCAUUGUAUGCCAGAUAAGCCACGCUUUUCAUUUGUUAAAUUAAAUAAAUGUACAUCUAUAUUUUUUCUUAUAAUGGUUGUUUUUUCGUUGGAUGAAUAAAAUUAAUUAAAAGAGUGAAAAAGAAAUACUAUAUGUAGGUUUUGUUAUUAAUUAUCAUUGUUCCUUU